CAUACUUGAGUUGCUUGUAUUUUCUUCUACCCACAAAAUCUGUCUGCCCACUUGAAUCAUAUAAAGACAUACAAUCAUACACUAUAUUUAUAUCGAAUUUUGGUUGCUUGAGGAGAGAAAUGCGGACGGUGGCGCUGGGACUCUCACUCAACAGUCUUUCUGUCAAUUUUAACAACACUCCCUCAUCCACUCCUCCUUGCAGAUUCCCCUCCCAUCUCUCCAGAUCAGGGAUAUGCAAAGCCAGUCAAGUGGCAGAGUUAUUUCCAACUCUAUCACCUGAGAUUGUUGUACGAGAGGCCAGAUUAGAGGAUUGCUGGGAAGUGGCAGAGACCCACUGUAGCUCGUUCUUCCCAGAAUACUCCUUCCCUUUAGAUUUUGUCCUAAGGAUUGAUAGGUUGUUAGCUAUGGUAAUGGGAUUCUCUGUACCUAAUGGUUGUCAGAGAACCUGUUUAGUUGCUGUUACUGGCAGUUCUGAUGAAGAUGCCUUCUGCAUCGGAAGUGAAGACCUCAAAAUUGGUGGAUUUGAUGGGAAAUUUAGUCUAAAUAAAGGGUAUGUUACUGGAAUAUUAACUGUGGAUACGGUCGCUGAUUUUCUUCCCAGAAAAGGACCGCUCCGAAAUAGAAGAACUGGGAUUGCAUAUGUAUCAAAUGUUGCAGUUCGAGAUAGAUAUAGACGGAAGGGGAUAGCUAAAAAGCUUAUAAUCAAAGCAGAAGCUCUAGCAAAAAGCUGGGGAUGUCGUGCCGUUGCAUUGCACUGUGACCUAAACAAUCCAGGGGCAGUAGAUUUGUACAAAGGUCAAGGUUUUAAAAGCAUAAAAGUGCCAGAAGGAGCCAAGUGGCCGCAACCUAAAACCGCACCGGAUGUCCAGUUCAACUUCAUGAUGAAGAUUCUAAACACAUAAACACUUAGUUAGUCAUGAUAUAAUUUGUUAUCUGCCCUAAGGACAUUACUAUGAGAAGUAAGGAGGUAAUCAAUGGUGUUGCCCCCUGCUUGUAUGUGCAUAUGGGUGUGUAAAUAUAUUAUAGUAAAAUUUGGACAUCUUUUCAACAGAAUCUGUAACAAGUCUGUAAUCCUGUAAUCUGUAUGUAGUUGCUCAUUUUCCUUGCAUUUAUAAUUAUCAUCAUAUCAGACAAUCUUGUAUUUCCUGUAUAUGAAUUAUUGAAUUAACAUAUCGUUUCCAUGAUUACCAUUUA